AUGACUGCACCCUGCAUGGACAGUGAUUUCCAGCUAUUCUCUCCUCGCCGCCAGUCCGAAGGCGACGACACUCGGGGAAUGUAUUCCCAGCCAACCACAGAAAAUGCCAACCAGGAUUGGACCCAGUGGAUGCGAUGGGAUGAACCCAUAUUCACCGAAGGCGUCCAGAAGCCGCAAAUGGACCAUCCCCUUCCCUUUGUCUCCCCGAACACGACCUUGAGCUCGCCCGGCCAGGUUCACCAGCUGGACUUCUCGCCGCAGCUUCCUCUUGGUUUGAUGGAAAUUCCCUCCGAGCCCAUCGGAGGAAUGGCCCAGAAUCGGAACAUGAGGGGGUCACAAGACUCACAGUUUCAAGGCCUUGUUUCUCCGAUCUCCAGUGUCGGUACAUCUCGAAAGCGAAAGACAGGCAGCGACGACGACGUCACUACUGUUACUGGCCCUGUCCAGCCGGGCAAGAAAAUGCCCGCCAAGAAGCGUGCUCACAACGUCAUCGAAAAGCGAUACCGAGCGAAUUUGAACGAGAAGAUCGCCGAGCUGCGCAACAGUGUGCCGAGCCUGCGGACGACGAAGAACCCCAACGGUGACUCGAAUGAAGACGACGAUGACGAGGCUACUUCUGCCGGCAAGCUGAACAAGGCUUCCAUUUUGUCGAAGGCCACCGAGUACAUCAAGCACCUGGAGAUUCGCAACAAACGUCUGGAAGAUGAAAAUACUGGUCUAAAGAACCGCCUUCGCCAAGUUGACAAGGCGGCGGACCAGGCGGUCACAUCAACCGCCUCCGUCUCAUCGCCUAGCAACUACACCGCUUCUAGUAACUCUGAUCCUACAUCCCCGAGCGUGUUUUCCAACCCCGAGGAGGUUACUGAAAGUUCGCCAACCCCAUCAAAUCCCCCCGAGGGUCUCAUCAAGGUCCCUGAUGCAUGGAAGCGCAUGCGUGCAGAGGCUGCACAGACAGGAAUUUACGCUGAAUCAUACAUUAAAUCAUCCCCCCGACCUGGCCAUUAUGGACAAGAAGAGGGUUCUCGUCGACGUUCCAAGCUGCCCAACAAGUACAUGUUGGGAGCACUCGCUGGACUGAUGGUAUUGGAGGGUAUGGGCUCGGACAAGUCCGAGACCGAGGAGAAGGGUCUUUUUGCUAUUCCUCUGAACCUGCUCAACCGACUGCAGUCGCCCACUCUCGCCCACUGCGAGUACUAUCUGAAGAAUUUUUGGUAUUCGUGGCACGCGCGAGCCUUCUCUCACUUCCUUUUGCUCGCCACUCUGGUGGUUGGCAGCGCAUUUAUUGUUUUCGUUUACCUGUUCAACGCCCAGCCCGUUACUCAGCGCGGACCGGCGAAGGCCCUAUCUGAAGGCAAGACUGCUUCGCUAACCUCGAAUGACUUCCGUCGACAGGCUUGGCUCACUAGCAUGCAACGGGCCGGUGUCCCGCGCCACAGGUUUUUCCGUGAGUGGUAUGUGGUGACCUCGCGAUGCUUCGAGUAUGUCCUGCGGUGCUUCAUGGGGUGGAAACUCUAUUCCUGGGCUACAGGCAUCACCGAGGAUGAUGAGAAGGGUCGCGUGAAGACUUGGGAUAUUGCCAUUGAUGCGCAGCUCACUGGUGGUGAUGCCGAGAUCAGUAAGAGCCGCCUUGUGCUUACAAUCUUUGCCGCGGGUACUCUUCCGGCAAGCCCCAUGAGGAUGAUGCUCAAGGCUUUGCACGUACGCAUUCUUCUGUGGCGAGUUGGCGAGCCUGGUUCCUGGACAUUCCACGUCUCCAACGAUAUCGCUCGUGCUCUGGCCAACUACCAGUGGGGCGUUGCACGAGAGAUCAACAAUGCCAUCCCCGAAGGACAUCCCGAUCAGCUUCCAAGUCACCUCGCUUCUUUGGUUAACCUCGACUGCGACGAGGUUAUGACCGACUCUAUCAUCCAACGUGCUGUGAACCUGACAUGGAAUCGACCCACGCAGGAAGGCACUGGUGACGAUGAAGUGCUUCUCGAUGUUGUGGAAGAAGAUCCCGCCAUCCAGUGCUCAGUCGAUGCCCUCGCUGCUUGGUGGUCUAGCCACCUUCUCCAGAGCGCACUGCUAAAGUACCUGGAGGCUAGUGAAGGUGGUCCAGUGUCCAAGGCCAGUCGUGACGGCUUCAAGGAGAAGAUCCGCAUGGCCCUUGAUGCUGCCCCGCGACUUUCGGCAGCUUACACCCGUGCACUCGUGAUGAAGGCAGUCUUCUUCGAGCAUGGUCGCAUCCAGAACGUGGGUGCUGUUCUUGCUGCUCUUCCGAAAGACAAGAGAAAGGGCGAGCGAAACCAAGCCGCCAACUUCCUUGAUUCUUCGCUUCCCGUGUCGGUCCGUGAAGAGAUUUCCAUCGCAGUGCGCUGCGCUAUGAUCGCCGCCGUUGUGACCUCGCGACCUACCGGCGAAAGCCCCUUGCCUGCGUCUUUUACCAUCCACAAGGCAAUCAAUUGGUUCAACCAGCUUCCCAUCGACCCGGUGGAGCUCAGUCUUCUUGGAUUCUCCGCAGUUUAUCAUUUGCUGCAUCUUCUCGCAUCGGAUGUCGACUAUAUUGUCUCGUCCGAUUCAUCGGCUCCGUCGACCUCCGUCUCAGAGGCCGCUUCUUCCGCUGACGACGAGGCUGAGGAUAAGCCUCGGGCAGCCCGUAAGCAUGCUGUCUGUCCCCGAGACAUCCCGAACAUUGGCCGUGUUGCCGCCGAACUCAUCUACUGGUCCCGCAAUGCGUAUAAUCCGGCUUUUUACGGGUUCUCAUCCAAUUUGGUCGAUGUCAUCGUUAAGUCAUGCACCACACUUUGUGAAAAUGCAGGUAUCAACCUCGAUGAAUACCUCCACAAGAAUCCCGAGCCUAUGCCAUCAAGGAAGCGACGAACCCGCCGUCGCCGGGGCGCAUCCAACCAAUCCCUCCAGAGCGAUGCCGACCAAGACCUGGUCGAAUCGCAAACCGCACAGCCUCCCCGACGAGAGCGAUCGGCUAGCAAUGAUACCGGGUAUGGCAGUCUCAGCCUCGAAGAAGAUAUUCAGUCCAUCCCUAAGAUUCCCGAGAAGGUGCAGGAAGUUUCAGCCUGA